AUGCUCUUUUCGGGUGGUACUGCAGCUAAAUCCAAGAAGGACGACAAAAAAGAGAAGAAGCCGGAUAAGGUUAAGAAUUGUUGUAAGCAUGUUAUUGCAGAGGACCGUUAUGAAAUCCAAGAAAAUGCUUUUAUUCGCUGGGCGAAUUCGAUUGCGAACGAACCGAUACGCGAAAUCAGUGAUAUCGUCGACUCGAAAUUCUUAUUCAAUUUCGUUAAUUUGAUCACUGGAGAAAAAUUGGUGAACAGUGGAUCUCGAGCGCAAGAUGUCACGAAUGCAUUGCAUGCGAUCGAUGUUGAUGAUAGAUUUGCACAAGUAAAUGUCACCGAAUUAAUUGAUGGUAAUUCAAGAACGAUUUGUGGUGUUGUAUGGCAACUCAUUCAGAUCUUUUGGAAACGGUAUGCGCCUGAUGCAGUGAAAGAUCAAAAGCUUAUUGAGGUGAUCAAAUGUUGGUGUGUUGAACGAACGCAGCCUUUUGAAGAGGUUCAAGUGAAUGAUUUUACGUCAUCGUGGAGAGAUGGAUAUGCGAUCAACGCUAUUCUGCUGUCUUACAACUCUGAACUGUUCGAUAUGGAUAAUGUGAGGGAAAUGCGAGGUGAUGAACGCAUCGAACAUGCAAUGGGACUUGCUGAACGACACCUUAACGUCCCGCGGCUUCUAAAUCCCAAAGAUUUUCACAGUGAAUAUUUGGAUGUGAAGAGUGUCGUGACAUAUCUGAUGAUGAUGUAUUUGUCGAUAAAUGUUCAAGCACCUGAAGCACCCGCUUCAUCCAGUAAAAGAAACGAUCGCAAUAGUUCUGCUUCGCAAUCUUUAACAACAGUGAUAUUGCGAAAUGAUUCUCAGGAAUUGCCGCAUACUUUAGUUCAGCGAGCAUCAAGUUCACUUGUUGCUCGUCCAACAGUGCAACGACGAUCCUCGAUACCAGUUAACGUUUCAAAAAAUCAGCAACGGCCAGCGGCAAUCCAAACUGCUCAAGGACAGUACGCGGCCACCGGUUCGCAAGCUAUGGCUACUCAAGCAGCAGCAGCAUCACAAUAUUUACAACAGCAAAACACUCAAGGACAAUAUCAUGCUGAGCAGAACACUCCACUUCAAAUGCAGUAUUCAACCGAUCAACAACAACAACAACAACAAGCUCUAACUGCUUCUCAAGCUCAACAGUAUUUAUCUGGACAACAAGUAGCGUUGCAAGCACAGUAUUUAGCCGAACAAGCAAUAGCUCAAGCCACAGAACAGCAGAUCGCAUCUCAAGAAGCAUUGUUGAUAGCAGCCGCAGCUGUAGCAACACAACAACCAGUAGUAUUGCAGCAACAGCCUGCUGCUGCUGUGCAGAUACAACAAUCCAACCCACAAAUGGUCGCAGCACAGCCGUCAUUACCCCAGAUUGCACCUGUUACAUCUUCAGUUCUAAGCGAUGAAUAUGUCACUGAACAACAACCUUCAACUGAAGCAAUUGCUGACGAACCAGCAUCUGCAAUAAUCGACUCCCAAAAGUGUGCGCCAACCUUAGAACCAAUGCCAGUUGCACAACAAUUACCGGUUACAGUGCAGCAAUCCGUAAAUGUGCAGCAAGCACCGAUUCAGUCAUCGAUAGCCAUCAUUCACACUCGCCAUCCCUCAGCCGAAGAUCAGAUGAUGUUGGAAUCGAAUGAAGAUGUGAAUAAGCAAGAGCGUUGUUCAUCAUCAGUCAUCAAUCGACAAUCACUAGACGAGCCGCAGCAAGAGCAGAGUAAUUCAGCUCUGAAUCGUAUCCAACGUACCAGUUCAAUGUCUGAUCAAAAAAGCACUACCGAACAACAGCAACGACAUCACACAUCUUCAAAUCAGCCUACUGAAAGUAUUGAAAUGCGAUCACGAAAGUCAUCAAGUUCGAGCCAAAGAUCGUCACGAAGAAGUCGGAAGAGUACCGAAGAUACGAUCAGCGAAUACGAACUUUGUUUAGAGCAAGUGUUGGCAUGGCUUUUGGAGGCUGAAGAGCAAGCCAAUAGUAUGGGAUCGGUUGACGAAACUGACGUGAGAAAUUUCACUGAUUCUCUGAGGUAUUAUGGUGUAAUAAUUGGUGGUAUUCAAUUUGAAAAUUACAAUGUAGAAGUGGUAAAAGCUCAGUUCAGAGAGCAUGAACAAUUUAUGCAGUCUUUAACCGAAAGUCAAGAUAGUGUUGGUCGUGUUUUGCACAGAGGUCAACUUUUGUGUCAAAAGUUAGAAGAAGAAAAAAGUGCAGCGAUUCUUUCACAAUUGUUAAUGGUGAAUUCACGAUGGGAACGUGUCCGUGAACUUGCAAUGAACAGACAGAACUUGUUGCAGCAGCGUCUUAAUUCGUUGCAAUUCAAUCAACUAGAAGCCAUACGGAAUUGGCUUGAUAAGAUGGAAGAAGAGAUUGAGAAUGCGCCAUUAAUUACUCUUGAUGCGGAUGAGGCGCAAAAAUUGAUUCUCACUCAUGCUGAUGUUCAAGAGAAAAUUGAUGAGCAACAAAAGCUUGUACGUGCAUUAUCCACAUUUGUUGCGGUUGUUGAUGAUACGGACACUCAAUUGUCGUAUGAGAAUCUUGAGAAAUUGUUGCAUUCUGUUGGAGAAAGUACCAUUCUAUUAUUAAGAUGGAUGGUAAUUUGUGAAUGGGCAGAAUUAAGAACACGUCAACUGGAUGGUCUUCCGGCGUUGAUUACUCAAUACAAAUGUGCUCAGCAACAGUUAUCUGAGUGGCUUAGCAAUCGAGAAGAGGUGAAUUUCGAAGUUAUACGAGCAGUCGUUUUCGGGCAGUUAUUAAGUGGUGUAAACAUAAAGUAUGUGCAGCAGUUAGAGUCAACACUUGAAGCGGGUCAUUCGGAUUUCAUAUCACUUUCGCAGUUGGCUGUUGACCUGGUGGCCAAAUUGGAUGCUUCAAAUGGUGCGGCUGCGAAUCAUGUCAGACGUGAGGUGGAUACGAUUACUCAGCGAUGGGAUAAUAUCGUUACGAGGAUUGAUCAGCAAUCGCAAAUGUUGGUAAAGAGUGGUAAAGCUGAAGUACGCCAGUUACAGCGUGAACCUAAUGAAGGUGAUCACCAAAUGCAACAACCCCCUACAUCACCAGCUAAACUUUCAACGGUUCAAUUCACAUCGUUCGAACCAGUUGAAAAAGAACUCGGUACUUCAUCAACGUCAACUGUAUCUUGUAGUACAGUCAUAUCACCGGUUGAUAUCUUCAUCACGAACGUUAAACGCGUUUGUGACAAUCUUGAACCACUGAUUGAGUGGACGAACAACUUCUCAAUUUCGAAAAAUUUUGACGAUAUACGACCAGUCAUUCAGAUUUGUCAGGGUAAAUUACGUGAAAUCAAAGAGAAAGAAGCUGAAGUGAACGAACUUCAUGCCGAAUUGGAACGUAUUCAUAAUUUGGAUGUUGGAUCUGCGCAACUGCAUCUCGCCAACGAUACAUUCGAACAGUUCACUCGAAAGUGGUCUCGUAUUGUCACGAAAAUAUCUGACGCAUUGAAUACACUCUCUGCACAAGCUGAAGCUUCGUCUGAUGAGAAUUUCAACGAAAAAACAAACAGAAUAGCCACCGAAUUAGAUGAUUUCUUCGAUUCGGCACUGCAAAUCGUUUCGAACUGUUCACAAAUUUCGGCCGCAGAGCGUGAAACACGUCUGAAAAAAUUGCGUGAACAAUUGCGCGAUCAAGAAAAAAAUAUUGCAUUUCUGGAUACGAACUUAACAGAUCGACAACGAGCGAAUAUGUUGAAGAAUCGAGCCACUGAAUUGAGUAAUGCGAUUGAUAUGCUCGAUGAGAGUGGCACGUUCGUGGAUCGUUUCGAACGAUUUCUACGUACUCCAAUGGCGUCGGCUGGUGACUUGAAGCUGUUGAACGAGCAACUGACAAAGUGUGAAGUUGCAGCUGAUGAUUGCUGUGUUGAGGAAAUGCUGAAUGAAUUGAAAAAUGACUCAUCGAUGGAUGCAAAAUGUGAGCAACUCACAAAACUUGGCACUGCGAAACGAGACAGCAUCAGUGAAAUGUUGGAGAGAAGUCGUCAGUUCGAUGCGAAAAUUUCUGAUUCCGAGAACACAGUGCGUGAAUUUCGGGAACGUCUCGAAUCACUGAAAAGCGAGAAACUCGAAUUUCCAGAGCUCGUUGAUCAUUUCAAGAAACUACGUAACGAUUUUCAAAACGCGUGCGGUUUGCAAAAGGAGUCAACGGGAAUGGCAGAAGAGAUUGCCUCGUUGGCGGCAUGUAGUGAUGCAGCAAAUCGUAAUCAAAUACUCGAGCAGUUGAAAGAGCGAACUCAGUCGUGCACCAAUGCGUGGAAAUCAGUCGAAGAGAACAUUGACGAAAGUAUCAAUUUAAUCGAAAAAGAGAAUAAACGACUUCAACAAGGUUUGAUUCGUGAUUAUCGCGAUGCUGUCGAGGCGCUCUCUCAAGCAAUCGAUGGAAGUGCGGAAGCGGCUGAUGCUGAAGAAUUCAGUGAACAUCUUGAUGUUAGUCCGUUUUUCGUGCUUUAUCUUAAAUAUGUCUUCUAUAUUCAUUGGACUUGUACACGACAGGUCUGUGAAACAUUGGAGAGCUUAGGAGCACAGUUCUGGGACUGUUAUUAUAUUUCAUAUAGUCGUCAGACCGACUUAUUUUCUAACUUGCGUUUUUUUGCAUCUCGAAUUCGAGCUGUUAUGCUCUCUGUCCUAAGCGAAUGUGAAUUCAUCGCUUAUUCAGAUCGAAUAAUAUCCGAUAUCAGGUCUAAAUGUGAGACACUGUUAAUGAAAGAUAAAUCUUUGCAGAAUUUGGAACGAUUGACUGAAAAAGUUGAAGCGGCAGGUAGUGCCGUGAGCAUAAAUCCUGAAGGAGAAGGCUCUCUAUCAAAACAGGUAGCUGAUAUAAAGAAGGCACAUACGUUAACGAUGCAGCGUACCAAGGAGCGUAUCGAUGAGUUGGAGUGCGCUAUUCGUGGGUGUGAACAAUUCGAGAGUUCAUUAGCUGAAUGUCAAGCGUGGUGCAAUCAUGUGCAAUUGAUUCUUUCAUGUCGUGCCGCCAACGAUAUCUCCGCAUUAGAUGUUCCACAUGAAUACAAAAAUGCGUUCGUAUCUGGCACACUCGUUUCGCAGUUGCAAACUGAAUUCGACGAUUUUGAACGUUGCAUUCAAAGUUUACGAGAAUUCGUCACAAAGAAUGCUAGCGACUGGGGAUCCUCAGAACGACUUCAGCUUCAGUUGGAUCACGUUGCGAGGCAGUUCGAUGAUUUGAUGGCUAAAUUUGUCGAGUUCAAGCAGCCGAUUGGACUAGAAGAGAAAGCCGAGCGAAUAGCGCGCGAGACAGCUGAGAUGGAGAACAGCGUUGACGAGCUGACUGGAUUGGAUGCGAAUGCGUGCCCAUCGGCGCUUGAUCAUGCACGUCAGAUUAGUAGACGUUUAGCACAGGUAAAAGCCGAUCUCGAAGACUUGCUUGAGUCGGAAAAGAAAUUGGUCGAAGAACGCAUAUUAGAACCGGCUGCCGAAGAGGAAAUAUCAAAGAAACUCAAUGACACAGUGGCAAAGUUGAACAUAGUUGAACAACGGAGCGCUGAUAUCGUGAAUCGUUUGGAAAAAUGUAUAUCGUUGCUGGAUCGUCUGAAGUCUGAUUUGACGCAUUUGGAUAGAAUCGUAGACGACGUCGAGUCGAAAUUGGGCACUUUCCUACAGUCUGAAAACUUCCAAAUCACAGAAGAUGAUCGCGCCACAUUGGAAGCACUUCAAAGCGAUCUCAACAAAAAUGAAUCAUCACUGACAUCGAUUGAAGAGAUCGCUGAAAGUUUGCGGAGAGAAUCGGUAAAAGUCGAUGAUUCAGAGAUUGAGAAACGUUGGAAACGAAUACGACGUGUUCAUGGUGAUUUACGUGCCUGGAUUGAUACAGUUAAUAGUAUGACUGAAGAUGGCGGGUCAAUGUUGAAUCAGUUUGAAUCACUUUACGCGAAACUCGAAAAAGCAAUCACUCAUAUGGAAAGCAUUGAGUUUGUUGAGGACUUAUCCGAAGCGUUGGAAAGAAAUCGCGCUGAGAAAACGUUAUUGACUGAAAGAUAUCGACGCUUACUGAAGACGAACGCGAAUGUGGAAACCAAGUUCUCGUUGCCGUUAUCACAGUUGGAGGAUCGUUGGAAUGAGUUGGAAAAGAGAUGGGAAAGAUCGUGGAUGUCUUCUCGGGUACGAGCCAAAUCUCCGCCGCAGUUACGACGGGCGGAAAUGAAGGGCGACUUCGGGGAACAAAUCAAUUCGUUAUACAGUAUUUUUAAAAUAGCUAAUGAUUAUAUCGAUUUUGAAAGCUAUCCGGUCACAUCAGUUGCGCAGUGGUCCGAUCGCAUCCAGGAUGUUAGUGAUUGGUUGGACGAAUAUGGAGGUUGUUUGAAGCGUGUUUUGGAAGAAGGACGUAAAUUAGCGAGUGGCGGUCGUAUGGAAUUGGAUGUGCACGAUGCGUUGGAGAGCCUCGAUAAAGUUGUCGAUCUUGCAAAUCAGGUGGAAUCAGGUGUUAAAGCAAGCAAAUCACUUCUGGUGCCAGUACAGGCCAAAGCGGAUGCACUUGAGAGGGAUAUUCGAACAAUGCGUGAUGUAUUAGCGCAACUGGCUGCUCGUGAUCUGACUGAACCAUCAGUUGCAAGUGCAACACAACGUGAUUUAUUGGAUCGUCAAGUGCAGUUGGAGUAUUUGCAUAGGAAAAGUGACGAUGUUCAUCGUUGUUUGCCCGGCUCAUCACCGAAUCAAUUGAACACAUCGAUGAAUGAAAUUUCUGGGAUGGUGCGUAAAAUUGAAGAGCAAAUCGCAGUUGCGAUACGAAAAGGGGUUAUUGGUGACGAUACGGACGCCGAUAUUGAUGGCGGUUUGGAUGUAGAGGGCGAUUUGCAGUUGGAUGAAAAUGUGAAUGCAGAGGAUAUGCAGCAGCAACAACAGCACAAUGCUCUUUCAGCAAAACGCUCGCAACAAGCCAUGAAAGACACUGAUACCGUAUCAAUGUCUAGUGCUGGAGCUCAGUCAUUGGCCUUGGAAGUUCAGGAAACUGAGGAUGAGCGGUCUCGUUUGGAAUAUGUGAGCAAGUCAACGACACGAAUGGAUGAUAAUGGUGAAAAACUGGAGGCGAUAGGGUCAAUUUAUGUGGAAAUGGAUCGAAUUGAAGAAGCACUUUCGAAAUCUGAUCCAUUCCCAUAUUCAAAUCUGAACACCAAAAAACAACAACUUGAGAUGAUGACUAAAACCUUAAAUCACGUUCAACAUGCCAUUGAUGAUUCACAAAUGACAAUGGACCUAAUGGAGAGCGAAGCGGCGCAAGAACGACUGGAUGCACUCCGUUAUUCCAGUGUGCAACGUUGCAAGGAGGUUGAUGCACUGAUCCGGUCGUGGGAUAGUCUCGAGUUGAAUCUAGCUACAAGUGAUGAAUUGGUGAAGGCGUUGGAUAAGAUGUUGAACGAUGUGCAUGGUCGUAAUAAGUCACCGGAUUUGGAUGAACUCGACUCUUUGUCACUUUCAUUCGAAGAUGCAUUGCAACGUGCACUCGCACAAAUUCAACACACCUCACUUAAGGCUGAGCCAAUAAUUGCACAAAUGGAUGACGAGCACGCAGAUGUUCUUCGUGAUCGAUUGCGUGAUGUGGGUGAACGUUGGAAGCAGUGUGAGGAUGCGGUCAGAGAAAAGAGGCGCAGAUUUGACGAGCGACUCGCUGAUCAGUCUGAACUCAACAAUCUCAUCGAACUGCUUGAUUUUUGGUGCGAUGAAGCAGAAGCCGAGUGUGCAACGGCAAUAAAUUCGCUGAACGGUUGUGUAAUCACGGAAAUUAAUGAUCGGAUAGCGGAACGUCUUUCGGAUUACGAAACAAAACGUGAAAGUUUGCGUAACGUUGAACGUUUAAAAGAUCGCUUAGUGAAUGCGCAGCUCGCCGAUCCAUCCACGAAACAUCGCACUCGGCGGAUUGUUUCUGAACUCGGUAAACGCAUCAGCAGUAUCAGAGGUAUAUUGACAGAACGCAAGACUGAAUUGGAUGCUCUAGUUGAUGCGGCUAAGCAAUUUCAGAUCGACAUUUCAACUCUUCAGCAGUUCUGUGAUAAAUGUGAAAAAGCCAUACAAAUAGUUGAAAACGCGAAAAUUUUUGUUCCAUCUGGGAGUGAUCUCGAUUAUGUUCGAUCUCGACAAGAUCAAAUGGAUGCUUUGGCAAUUUCACUUCAGGAUCGCUGGAGGAAAGCUUGCUUGGAGGAGCCACCUCCUGAUGAUCGCCAAAAAACUCUCGUCGAAGACGUGUUCAGAAUGUGGCUGAAAGCAAAGCAGAGAAUUUCUGAGAAGGCUGAUGUACAAACACUCGCGCAGGAUUCGUCAUCGUCCGAGGCGAUGAUCGAGGAUUCGGAAACGAAGAGCGCGUUAACACCCAACGGCGUAAUGGAUGAGAAAUUGGAUCAGUCAGUGAGUGAAUAUGGAACGUUAAGUGAAGUGGUUGCGGUAGGUGAUGAGUGCCAGCCUCAACUGCCUCAACUUUCACAUAAGGAGCAUACGCUGUUGAAUAGUAUCGUGCAGUUACGACACUGGCUUGCUGAAACAGAGCGUGACGCUGCAUUAACCGUUGACCUCAUUGAUGUUCAAGCUAUACGUGAUUCGGUCAAUCAGAUGCAGGCCUUCAUCGAGCAGUUGAGAAUUCGACAAUUGGAAUUGCUUCGGAUUUUGGAUGAAAGUGGCUCAGAGCUGGUUAGAGAGAAGACUGAAUUAACGUUAGGUGAAUGGACUCGUGUGUUAAAUGAGUGUCAACGACGUAAAUGUCAAUUGAACAAAAUGGUUGAUGAAAGCCGAAGUUGGGAACAGUUGAGAUGUAGUGUGCAAUUGUUAUCAGACGGUGGUAAAGUGACUGAACUAACAGAGGAUGCGCUGCGAUCCGAAUUGAAAGAUGUAGAACAAAUUAGUGAGGGUAUUGAAGAGAUGCGAAACAAAAUGACUGAACUGAACGCUCGAAGUAAUGCGCUGCUGGAUGAAUUUCGCGCAGACGAAGGCCACAAUUUGUCACAUUCAACGUCGAAAAUGAACACUUUAUGGAGUAAAUUCAAUGAUAAUAUUCGAAUUCGACGCGCUGUUCUUGAAGCAGCGAUUCGUGCGAGGAGUGAUUUUCAUUCGGCAUUACUGCAAUUAGAACAGUGGCUUGAUCGCAUCGAGUCCAGCUUAAGCACACUCAAUGAAUCAACUUCAAAUAUGCAGUCACUAAAAGAUUCGAUUAAACGCAAAGAAUGGAUCGACAAUGAAAAGAGUGUUCGUGCUGAGAUUGAUGCGCAUGAUGAUGUUGUCCGAUCGGUUGAUCAAAUGGGUACGAAAUUGGUUAGAAGUGUCGAGGAUGUUAAUGAGCGUGAACGUCUCUCGAAACGUUUGCAGAAUGUUAGUGAGCGAUGGCGCAAAUUGGCUAGUUUAGCAGAUGCGAUCAGGUCACGAUUGACGAACGCUCAGGAGGAAUGGGAACGGCUUGUUUCGCAAUUGUCUGAGAAUAUCUAUUGGUGUGACACACAGAGUAAUGCUCUUCUUGACGAACAGCCUUUGGGUGGAUCGUUGGCUCAUGUACAACAGCAAAACGAAUUUGUUAAAAACCUCGAACGCGAAAUAGAGCGCAGACAACGCAGUAUUGACGAGUGCAUAACGCUGUCACACAGCUACCUCAUGCAGCACGACCUGCGUCCACGUAUGCACACGCCAAGUGCAUUGGCUUCACCCAGUGAUGAAACACAACGUAUCGUCGAUAUUGCAGUGGAUUCGAAUGCGGAGUUACGACGUGUUGGUAUUCAAAUCAAAUCUAAUAGUGAGAAGCUGUCGAAGAAAUGGAAUGAAUUGAAGAAGCAGGUCAACGUUUGGUCUCGAAUCAUCGAUGAUGCACAUGCAAAAAUGGAACAACUAACAGCUGCGAUUGCCGAAUGCCAACUUGCUCUGUCGAAUAUGGAAUCGAAUAUGGAGAAUGUUAAGCCUGUUGAAGAGUUACGUUUGGAAGAGCUGACAACUGCUGUGGACGAUAGCGAUAAUCUGAAAGAGUGUUUGGCACGAACACGAAUGCACAUCGAUGACGCGAACGACUGCAGUGGACAGUUGCUCGCAUCUGACGUGGAUCUCGCACCUGAACUUAGUGCGCAGCUUAAGUCUGUAAAUGAAAGAUUCUCGAAAUUGAAAGUAGAUGUAAAAGUUCGUGUAGCAGCUUUGGAGCACGCAAUCGCCGAUUUUGGACCGUCCAGUCAGCACUUCCUUAUGAACAGCGUUCAACCGCCAUGGCAGCGUGCUGUCUCUUCGACUAAUCACCUUCCGUAUUACAUAAAUCAUGAAAAUGAAUUGACGCAGUGGGAUCAUCCAGUGAUGGUUGAAAUCAUGGAGAAAUUGACCAAUUUUAAUCAAGUAAAAUUCAGCGCCUAUCGAACUGCCAUGAAAAUGCGUGCAAUUCAAAAACGACUUUGUUUGGAUCUACUGAGUUUACAAGAGUUGGAUGUUAAGUUGCAGUCGUUGAAUUCGGCUUGGGGUGAACAACGACUAGCUGUUAAAGAUGCUGUCAUGUGUUUGGUACCACUCUUCGAAUCAGCACAUGACAAAUUUCCGCAUUUAAUUCGUUCCAUACCUCUUGCUGUCGAUCUUUUUCUCAAUUUUAUGUUCAACGUUUACGAUCCAUCACGUGACGGUACACUUCGUACGUUUUCGUUCAAAGUGGCGCUUGUCGUUCUGUGUAACGCAAAUUUAGAGGAUAAAUACAAAUAUCUCUACUCAUUGAUUUCUACAAGUGAAGGAGUCGAUCAAAAACGUCUCGCAUUGCUUCUAUACGAUAUUAUUCACAUUCCAAAAUUUCUUGGGGAAGCGGCAGCUUUCGGUGGCUCAAAUGUGGAGCCGUCGGUACGUUCGUGUUUUGAGACGAUCAAGUUUGGGCGCACAAUAUCAGUGGACGACUUUUUAGCGUGGCUAAAGAAAGAACCGCAGAGUAUUGUGUGGUUACCUGUUAUGCAUCGAUUGGCUAGCGCUGAAUUCGCAAAGCAUCAGGCAAAGUGUAAUAUUUGCAAGAUGUUUCCGAUCAUUGGUCUGCGUUAUCGAUGCCUGCGAUGUUUCAAUGUUGACGUUUGUCAAAAUUGUUUUUUCAGUCAACGUUUAGCAAAAAAUCACAAAUUGUCACAUCCAAUGCAAGAAUAUUGUUUGCCGACAACAUCCGGCGAAGAUGUUCGUGAUUUCGGUAUAAUUGUUAAGAAUAAAUUGCGAUCAUCGAGUAGAACUCGAAUUGGUUAUUUACCCGUGCAGACGGUUGAUGAAGGUAUUCCAAUCGAGACAACUGGUGUUACGCCAAUCAAUCCCUUAACUGAACCUCUUCACAAUCAAAUGCAUCUUUGUGCGCAAAGAUUAUGGCGUGCACGUGGCGAGGAUGAGCCUGCUGCACCAGUGGUGGUUGAUGCAAUCGAAGAACCACCCGGUAGUAUUGAACUAAAAUCACCUUUGCAAUUGCUCUCACAAGUGGAACAAAUGCAUAAAGAAGAACUGGAUCAAGUUCUGCAUAAAUUACAACAUGAGAAUAGAGAAUUGAAGAAAGAAAUUGAAAGAAGGAAAAAUUUCGAAGGGGUUGGAUCAACACCAAAUCUGACACAUGCGCCGGUUCGUAACGCGAAUUUGAGCAUGGCAAGCGGUCGUUCAGUGCCCUCACUUCCGAACUCUACUGACGAGCAAUUAUUACGAGAAGCGCAUUUGUUGCGACAGCAUAAGGAACGACUCGAGCAAAGGAGUCGUAUAUUGGAAGAUCAGAAUCGUCAGCUUGAAGUGCAGUUGGCACGGCUUCGUACUGUCAUUUCACAGCAAAACAACACUGGAGGCAGCGAAGAGAAUGAGGGUGGACGUGAUGAGCACGAGUUGAGUACAGCGUCAGGAGAAGAUGAAGAAACGCCAGGCUAUGAUGCACAUCCGAAUCGGAUGCAUUCGUUGAUCGCAUCCGUGGAUCAGUUGGGACGUGCAAUGCAUUCGUUGAUUGCAUCUGUGGUUAAUGAUGAUGAACAAAACGAUGAGGACGAUGAUGAGAUAUCGGUGCACUGA